AUGUCAGAUGCGCAGGAAGUCUCAUCCACUGGCUCGAAAGAAAGCACAGAAAAUGACUCCAUCGACUGGGGUCAAAUAAUCAAAGAUCAGAUAGUCGCUGGCGAUGAGAAGGCUCUAGAAAGCACACUAAAAGAGUAUCCCGACGCCCUUGAGGCGAGAUUCUCCUACCAAUUUGAUGAUGGAAGUGCAGAAGCAAAGGGGUUGACUCCUCUGAUGCUAUCCGCUGGCUUGGGACACUAUGCCAUGGUUUGUAUGCUUCUGGAACGCGGCGCGGACGAGGAAGCCACCACAACCUCUGGAGGCUCGCCCGCUUUCUUCCUUGCCAUUGAUGGGGGAUACCUGGAGAUAUUGCAGCUGUUCUUCUCUAGGAAAAGGGAAUUCGUUCUGACAACGACAAACAAGCAAAAGCAAAAUGCGCUCAUGAGGGCCGCUUUAUUCGGAAAGUUGUCUAUCAUUGAAUUUCUUCUUGGGAACUCGGCCGUCGCAACACAAAAAGAUGAAGAUGGCGACUCGGCUUUUACUAUAGCUUGCUUUGCUGGCUAUCUUUCCAUCGUAAAGAGGCUCAUCGCCUGUGGAAUAGAGGUCUUUGGGGAAAGGGAUGGAAAUGGAAGAACUGGGGUUUUGUGUGCGGCUUGGAGCGACCAGCUCGAGAUCGUUAAAUAUCUCAUAGGAGCAAAGGUUGGAAAUGUGGAUGAUCAGGAUCAAACCGGGCUUACAGUCCUUCACAUCGCGUCUUGGCGGGGCAAUGUGAAAAUGAUCAAUUACAUUCUUGAAAUCAGUUCUGUUGUACUUGAAAGCCCUGAUGAUUUUGGCCAAACGCCUUUGCUGAUUGCAGCCAAAAAGGGCCAAGCUAAAGCUGCCCAAGCCUUGAUCCAGGGCGGAGCAAACAUUAAACACCAAGACACCAACGAAGACACCGCACUUCACAUUGCGUCCAAGAAUGGGAAUGCUGGGCUUGCUCGCAUCCUCAUCGAAAAUAGGAAAGAUGCAUCCCUUGAAAUCAAAAACGAGUCCAACGAAACCCCUUUGCUUACUGCUACUGUGAACAAGUACUAUGACAUUGCGGUUCUUCUAAUUGAUGCUGGUGCAGACAUUAAUGCUAGACAUGUUGACGGAAGAACGGCCCUCAACAUUGCUCUCGAGAAUGGAGAUCUGUCAUUGUUCGAGGCUCUGAUAAGGAAGCAAAAGGGUCUCUCGGGGGUUCAAGAUGAUUUAAAGGUUAAGGCACUUUUUGUUGCAGCAGAGAAAGAAAAUCCUGGGAUGUUCGAUACUCUACUCGAAGCCGGUGGAAAUCUCGAAAUUCGCAGCGAUGAUGGGGAGACUGCUCUUCACUUUGCCGCGAGAAGCGGCAACUGUGGAAUAAUCAAUUCAAUCUUGGAUAGGAAAAUGCCUCUGAUAGAUGAGAUGGACAACUUUAAAAAAACACCGCUUCUCAUUGCAGCAGAAAAUGGAAAUCAUGAUGCUCUUGCCACCUUGCUGGAAUGUGGCGCAAAUGUUGAGACACAGGAUGACAAGCAAUGGACUAUCUUACACUACGCUGCCAAGAACGGAGACCUUGAACUUGUUCAAUGGCUUCUCGACUUUAUGCCAAGCCUUUGUGACAAGCGAAACAACUUGGGUCAAACAGCACUCGUGGUUGCAGCCAACGAGGGACAGAGCAGGGUUGUUGACAGUCUUGUCAAGGUUGCAGCAAGCCGCAGUGAAAGCUACGGUGAAAAUGAAAAGUUUGCUGUCCUCAUGAUUGCCGCCAGUAAGGGAUCUCUGGACCUCAUGAAGGAUAUCUUAUCGAAAUCCAAGCAGUUGUCAAAAAGGAAGAACGAAUCAGGGGAUGAUUUACUUUUUAUCGCGAUCAAAAACAAACAGGAAGAUGUUGUUCGCUUUCUUUUGACCAAAAAUGCUGAUCUCAGCAUCAAAGAUGGGCAGGGUUCAACCUUAUUUCAUUCCGCCACUGAGAGUGGACUUCUCAAGACCGUGGAAUGUCUUCUGAAGAGAAAGCCCGGACUCAUCAAUGAAAAGAACACAGAAAAUGAGACUGCUCUCGUCAUCGCAUUUCGGAAAGGAGACGAAAAUGUAAUCAGCCUUUUGUUGGAGAACAAAGCAAAUAUCGAUGUACGAGACAAUGAUGGCAGGACUGCGCUGCAGUCUGCAUGCCGCCAGUCUAGUUUAUACAUCGUCCAAAGGCUGUUGAAUGAAGGGGCAAAACCAACCACAACGAGCGAUGACAAUGAAACCCCUUUGCAUCUUGCGGCUCGCUCCGGAGACUUGAACAAGGUCGACCUAGUCCUUAAAUGGCUCUCGGAUAAUUCGGAAGAGACAUGGAUUGCGGCUGAGGAUAAUUUCGGUGACACGCCUUUGAAUGAUGCCAUUAUCUUUGAGAAUUGGGAUGUUGCCUUCAAGUUGUUGAAAACGCAAUUUUACUUUCCAAAGCACCCGUCAGAAGAAGAAGUGCACAUUGCUUCCGAGCAAGAAAGAGAAAAAGUCGCGGAUUGGCUGGUAUCCUGGGUCACAGAAAACACAUCUGCACAGAUUCAAGAGCAUGUCGACGCAAUUGCAUACUGGGCCAUUUUGAACAGUCACCAGGAUCUUUUGAGCGCACUUCUGACGAAAGGCAAGCUGCCCAUCCUGAAGAGGCAGGAUGGGUCAACAUGGGCCCAUGUAGCUGCGCUUGGUAAUAAUACCGAAGUAUUGCAAAAGAAAUUUGAGUGGCCUAAGUGCAUGCUGUAUAAGACCAAGAAAGGCAUCACGCCGGCUUACUUGGCUGCCAAGAGGAAUCAUUACUCCUUGUUAGGAAAAUUUCUCAACCGACUUGAUCCAGAAGUGGCACUGCAGGCCAUCAUUCAGGUGACAGCAGAGAAAGAAACAUUGCUUUCCAUCACAGCUGCAGAAGAGCGUCCUGGAAAAGAGUCGAGCUCACGGGAAUUGCUGUGGCGCAAACUGUGCAGCGAAAACAUGCGUCCUGCAAUUAUAGAAGAACUAAGAUUGUUCAGUGAAACAACAGAUCGACUGAUGGAGCAGGCAGCUAGAAGCCAUAUACGGGGCACGGGAGAGCUCAAACCCUUAGAAUAUCUCCUCGCGCUCUUGCAGGACAUACAUGGAGAGCCUUACUGGGAGGGAAGCCUCGAAGCCAAGAAGUCUUCCAUGACCGGAGAAUGGACCAUCCUGCAAUUGGUGGUUUAUUAUCAAUUUCCACAGGCCUUGUGGUGUCUACUUUCCAGUGGUAUAUAUGAUCACAAUUCUGACACAGGUUUGAGUGAGUACAACAGACCACAUGGUAAGUGGUUCAACCACAAGGAAAAGAUCAAUGACACCAUUGGUGAGCUUCUCAUCACACCCCCACCAAUAGUACAGCCACUUCCAACCUCGUCAUUACCCAGAACUCUUGCGGAAUUUCGCAAGCGAGAUCGACUUGGAAAUCUCAGCAAUCAGGAGGGAACCAUUGUAGAUGUUUUUAUCACAGAAAAUCAUGGCAUUGGAGUUCAACCCAAGCGGGCCCCUCUUCGAAAAAUCAUCUACGACGGGCCAAAUGAGAUAAUGGAUAAAAAAAGCAUCGAAAGUCUGAAAUCAUUGAGGGACCGUAUCUAUACCACGGAAAAAAGUGACGGGAGACAAAAGCCCAAGGAAAAGCGCAACCCUGACACUAAGCAGCAUUCGGGUCUUGCUGAUGGAGCUGUUGCUUCGCAGACUGCGACUAUUACACCAGAAGAGAAGAAGUCUGGACCCAACAAAGAGAAGACCCUGGACCCGCUCCGUACAGGCGAUUCGCAAGAACACCCGAAUUCGAGACCUCAGGGAAGUUAUCGGUGGAUCCAUAUCCCAGUAAAUGAUAGUGAUAUUGCCAAACCCGAGAAGCGGACAGAUGAUGCAGCAAAAGAGCUGGGGAGAAUCGCUCUAUAUGUUCCAUUUCUUUCCUGGUCUACAAGAGACUUUCUCACGACUGAGCUUCAACCCAGGAAAGAGAAUUUCCAUGAUUAUGGAGCAGGUCUGGACGUUGCUGUCGAUGGGCAAUCAAAGUUCUACCAAACACCCAUCAGUCACGGUGCCGUCAGCCUCGAUCAAUAUUAUUAUGCGAGCCUUCAGGCCGAUGAGUUACACAAGAGAAACACAGAUCAGGUCAUGACACGGUAUCUCCAAAGGCAAGCCAUAUCAGAACACACCCCUGAAGGCUCAAGUACGAGCAGAAGCACAACUCCCGGGACUUCAAUGAGAAAGUUCAGAGGGUUUGGGAGAAAUAAAAAAGCACAAACUACACAGGCAAACGAUGGAGCUGAGGAUCAAGAUGGGGGCCGUGGGGAAGGAGAAGACAAGAAAGGCCCCAAGGCUCCAAAGGCCGAGGAGUCUGGCGACAUGUCCUCGAACGAUCCCGCUGUGAGAAAUGCUUCGUGGAAUAUAUCCAACCAAAUACUCGUGGUAAACCAGCUAUGGCUCUGGGUUGUUGAUGAAAGUGAGUAUGCGUUUAUUUCAGCUAAGCAAAUGACUGUCUGCGCAAUAUUGUUGACGUUCCUCUCAGAGACCAUCAUCACCACUGCUACAAUGAACGAUUCCGAAGUACGAGAGAGCUUUUUCGACCAGGCUCUGCUCCGUAUCCAAGCCCAAAAGAGUGUCCCAGAGCUCUUGCUCUCCCAAAUCGUUGAGAUGAUUGUCGACACAGCAACCACUUCUUUCUACGAUGUUAAAGUCAGGCUGGAUGAAACUGGCAAACAGAAACGAUCCCCCAUGGAUAUUUUUCGGGAGUCUCUACAAAGCGUGCGUAACGAAGAAGCGAGUUUGUUUGUCGAGUUUGAGAACUCCUUGGGCGAAAAGGCUGGCCAGAAUUCCGACUCAGGCGCAGGAUUAAACGACACAACUUCGCCAACAGCCCAAGACCGGAGCCCAAAGCCAAUGGUAACAAGACUUCGAGAAUGGUGGACCUCUUUGCAGACUCACGCGUUGGAGAACCGAUACCAGAACAUCCAAAACGAAACCAGACUUUUGAGAGAGAUAAAAGAUAUCUCGGACGAACUUCGAAUCCUCAAAGAGCUGGUCAAUGGCCAAGAGCAUGUUAACGGCCUUUGGAAAAAGAUCGUGGAUGUCCAGAUAGGUCGACGGCAUACGAUCAAGGAGACAAAGGAUGACCUAGAAAAUAUGAUUCAGGAGGCUAAAAGCGUAGAAGAAGGCAUCAACACCCUUCUGGACCUCAAGCAGAAACAGGCGACUAUUCUGGAAGCCCGAGCGACUCGUCAGCAAAGUGACACUGUUAUGGUUUUCACGGUAGUCACCAUCGUCUUUCUACCAGCUUCCUUCCUGACAAGUCUGUUUGCAUUGAAUGUGAGCGAUUUCCCUCAUCAAGGAGAUAACGUUGCCUUCGAGGGGCGUUGGAUCUUUCCUAUUAUUUUUGGUGUCUCCCUUGGCGUGUCAACAUUCUUUGUAUGGCUGGCUUUCAAUUCCCAUCUGUUUAAACAUGUCCUGGGAGAGAUAUGGAGGCAACUCAAAGAAUUUCCAAGCAGAAACGCCAACAGCGAGCAACAAGAGCACGACAUUGAAGUUAAACCGAAUCGUCUGGAACGCCUUCUGUCGGCUCUUUGGAGACGAGAAGAGAAGCAACUUGAGAGGUCAGCCGAAGGAAACUUUCAUGAACCCUCCGAAUCAGCGUCAAGUCAGUUGCAGAAACAAGAUGUGGGCUUGCGAGAGGAGGGACAGAAGUCCCAAAUGGGCCCAGAUAAUGACAAACAAGUGUAG